GCCGGCAGCCGGCAGUUGUCUCUGAGCCGCCGACGAGUGAACAGGUGGAUAGAAAUUAUUCCCCUCGCGCUAUUUAUCCAUCCCCCCCCCCUACCGCUCUUACACAGAUCUUUACUCCAGCACCGAUUUACUUUGCAUCGCCAUUCAAUCAGUAAUUUGGUUGUUUUCGCCAUUAAUCCCGAGUGGUGCAAGGUUAUUACUUCGAAGGUCUCCCCCCAAUAACGUUAUUUGGAAACCCAUCAUCAAAUAUCGCUGGUCUUGUUGCAAAGGUCGGUGUCAGUUGAACAGGAAAUAUCUGCCAAUUUUUCUUCCUUUUUCUGCGAGUGGGAGAAUAUAAUAUCGAGACACCAGACCACAAAACUAUAACGCGGACUCUUUUUUCGUGUGUUUUUUUUUUGGCUGCAAGGUCCCGGAAGGAAAUGCACUGAUACAAGUCAACUAACUCUUUCGUGCUUCUCCUCUACAUGUGUCUGUGAAUUUGUGCUCGCGCUAGACUUUCGUGAAGGCUGAUUUUCCCUUUUUUUUUAUUUGGGAUUCUCAAUUGUUGGAACAAUCAUCAGCUGCUAAAACGCAAUGGAAGCAUUCGAUAGCUUGGAACAGCCGCUCUGCGACUACAAUGAGAGCAUGGAUGCUCUGCCGGAACUGUGGGAAACGGAUUCGUUCGAGUCGUCUAUGGUGGUAGAACUGCAAGAGAGCGACAACUAUCAGCAUCCAGAUUGGCCGACGGGACUGAGCUUCAGUCUCAUGCCAGUCGACGACGACAGCAACGACGAUCUCUCGGCGGCCGACACGGGAUUGGUGGUCCUUCACGAUCGCCUCAUCACGGACGCUUCCGUCUCUGCGGCCAAUCAAGUCUUGGCUAAUCCCGCUCAUCGCUACUCGGCUCGCGUCCAGCCCAACACGAAUGCCUCGUCGCUUUACUGCGACACAUCCCUGAUCAAUUGCAAGGAGAGUGGCAGCACUUACAACAUCACCAUCGGCAGCCGGGGCGAAGUUGAAAUAUCCGAAGAUCCAGAGUCCAGCACAGCUUUAAUUGAUUCAGAAAUGGGAAACCAGUUUUGUGAUCCACUUUCACUGAGCAUCAAGGCGGAGCCAGCUUCGCCGGGCACUACGCCGGCCUCGCCUGACACGUUCAUUGAUGCUCACACCAACUCGAAAAGCUCGCGGUCGGAAUCACGGAAGCGCUCAAUUUCAAUUUCCAACAAUUUGUGUAAUCGCGAACGACAUACAGCCAAGGGAAAACCAGUUUCGGGAAACAGCCGUCUAGUGCUGACGCGGGUAACAAACGCUUCAUCGUGCUCCAGCAAAUCAGCCAGCUUCUCGUUGCCGCCUACGCCGCCGUCGUCGACGUCGAGCGACAGCGAAGGGAGUCUCUCGCCCGAGAGAGACGCUGCGUCGCCUAAACUGGAAGAAACAUCAGGGGGCGAAAUUGGGACACGAAGGUUGAACCAGGCCGGAAGAGUACUCUUAACCACCAAACCAUUACCUGACUCGUUUGGUAGCGGAAGUAGCCGCCAUCCUAUUAACAGCCCUCUCAUCAGCUACCAACCUAAAGGUUCAACGGGAGUACUCCAGCUGACUGAGGAGGAGAAAAGAACUUUACUGUCUGAAGGUUAUCCAGUGCCGACACGGUUGCCGCUCACGAAAGCCGAAGAGAAAUCCCUGAAAAAAAUCCGUCGUAAAAUUAAAAACAAAAUUUCAGCUCAAGAAUCGCGCCGGAAAAAGAAAGAAUAUAUGGACACGCUUGAAAGACGGGCCCAAGUGCUGGCCGAUGAAAACAGCGACUACCGCCAACGGCUUCUCAAGCUGGAGACGGACAAUGCCGCUCUACAGCUUCAGCUGACACGCCUCAAGCACCUUUGUAAUAAACGAUCCAACAACAUGGAUCUAAAUUCUCAUCAGAUUGACGAAAUGUCGGCGCAUAUUAAAGAAGUCAGCGACUGUUUCUCAACCAGGGGCUAAACAUGUCAUUGGCUCGUCAGCUGAAAUGAACCUGUCAAUCCAUUCCGUCCUUUUAGUAGGAAUACCGAUACUCCGUUGCACAUUUUGUAAUAGCUAGUCUUUCCAAUCAAUUCCGAUUUUUAGAUGUCGAACAUGUAAUUUGGCGAUAUACGCUCCCUCAUACUAUAUAUUGCGGAAUUUCCAGCUAUUACGGACCUCGGCGGAAAACUACAAAAUUUCCUAUUCUAACUCAAAUUUAAAAAUAGAGAAGCGAAGGAAAAACGAUUUUUCAGUUUUUCUAACUGGAUUUACAAUUUUUUUUUUAAAUUGGCGCGCGUGCAAUUCGGUGUAUUAUUCACACCUCAAUGAUGCCUAUCGAUCUGUUCUCAUGUUUCUUUGAUAGUAAUUUUUUUACACCUUAAACGAUUGUUUCAAUCAUUUUUCAUUUUUUUAAUUAUUAUUAUUAUUUUUUUUAAAUUCAUGGUGAUUGGUUUGAAAUAGUGUAUUCAUGUAUUGUUCCAAAUAUCUGACUGGCUAUGUACGCCCAUGUUUUUAACUACUUGAUGUUGACUUGAUUUUUGCAUGGGGUUCUUAAACUUUCAUCGGUUUGUAAUGGGAUCAUGUAGCUCUCAUCGCAUUUCACCACUUUUUGUUUCAACUGCAGUUUCCUUUUGUGUGUGUGUAUCGUUUGUUUUGGGAAAACAUUUUUUUAUUACACGAUUGAUGCUUUUUUACGUA